AUGGACCUUUUAAACAACACAAAAGAACCACCUAAAAUUAGAGUCGUAGUCAGAAAGAGACCUCUUAACAGUAAAGAACUUAAGAAGGCAGAUCAGGAUGUUCUCGAAGUAACUGACUCUCAAUCUCUUAUUGUAAAGGAAUUAAAAACAAAGGUGGAUCUUACCAAGUUCAUUGAAGAGCAUCACUUCACAUUUGAUAAUGUUUUCGAACUUGACGCCCAUAAUCAAGAUAUUUAUUAGGAAUGUGUGUUACCUCUUGUCGUUGAGGCUUUCAAGGGUGCGAAAACAACUUGCUUUGCUUACGGGUAAACAGGUAGUGGUAAGACAUUUACUAUGAUGGGAACAAGUGACGGAUAAAACCCGGGUUUGUAUUUGCUAGCCGCCUAUGAUGUUAUUUAGCUGUUGCAGUAAUAUGAGGACCUGGAAGUAUACCUAUCAUUCUAUGAAAUUUAUUGUGGAAAAUUAUAUGAUCUGUUGAAUAAUAAGGAGAUGGUCACCUGUAGGGAGGACGCUAAACAGCAUGUUAAUAUAAUAGGACUUACAGAGAAAUUGGUCGUUGAAGUAGAGGAAAUCAUGAAAUUCAUUAGUACUGGUCUGCUAAGCAGAACUAGUGGUUAAACAGGUGCUAAUGCUGAUAGCUCUAGGUCUCAUGCUAUUUUACAAAUGCAAAUUAAACAUUAUGGAAAACCAUAUGGAAAAAUGAGUUUUAUCGAUCUAGCUGGUAGUGAGAGGGGAGCAGAUACAAUGAAUACUAAUAAGUAAACUAAAUUAGAUGGAGCUGAAAUCAAUAAAAGUCUUUUGGCUUUGAAAGAAUGUAUCAGAGCUCUAGACCUGGAGAAGAAACAUUUACCCUUCCGAGGAAGUAAGCUCACUUAAGUGCUCAAGGAUUCAUUCACUGGAAACAGUAAAACAACUAUGAUUGCUAACGUUUCACCUGCUAACAGUUGCUGUGAACAUACGCUAAACACACUGAGAUAUGCUGAUAGAGUAAAAGAAUUGAAGAAAGGAGAUGGGCUAUCAGCUCCAGGAACAGCGCCAACUUAGAUGCCUUAGCAGAAAAUGACUAAAUAAGAUAUGUUAAACAAGGAACUUAUGUUAGCUAGAUAGGGAAAUAAUACGAAAAAGGUUGCUAUUAAUUAGGAGACGAUGCAACCUAAGGAUAAGGAUAAGCCACCAGUAGGCAAGCCAUAACUUAAGCAACCAUCGAGUAUUUAAUAGCCACAAUUGCAAUAAUAGCUUAAGUAGGAGUAAAGUGGACUGCCUCAAACAUCCUUCAAUAAUUUCAUGAAUGCAUUAAACAAUGCUCCAAAUAACACUUAAACUUAGAGCAAAAGACCUUAAUCUAUGAUGAUAGAUCAGAAUAACAACUAAGUUAAUGGAUCUUUCGGUAACUUUAAUCAGGCAUCAAAGCUACAACCUCAAUUUCAAAAUCCAAGGCACUCCUAGUAAGUUAAUUCUAGUUUCCAAUAGCAAAGCUUGCCAUAGCAAUAGAUGUAACAGCAAUAGUAAUAAUAAUAGCAAUAAUAAUAGCAAUAAUAAUAGCAGCCUCCACGCUAAUAAUUUGGUUUUAACAGAUAGAAUUCUAUGCAGAAUUAAGCCAUCAAUCCUGUUUAAAAUAAAGGUCCUUAAAUAAAGGCAGGAUUCUAGUAAUCACCCUAAAACUAGGUAAAUUUUAAUCCUCCUCAAAAUUAGAACUAAAAUAACUCAUUCUAGCAGCCUCAAUCUCAAAAUAACUCAUUAUAAUUACAGCAACAGAGAGCUGGAUUUAUGUCAUAAAAAACGUAAAUAUAAAAACCAUAAAAUUACAUGCCUAACUAGCAGCCUACAUAAUCACCUCAUUAUCAACAGUUCAAUCAAUAGUUUUAAUAGAAUCAAGCUAACUAACCUCUUUAAGCUCAAAAUAGACUACCACCACCAUAACAAUAGUAGCAAUAAUUUUCAAAUAGGAUUGCAGGUUAAAAUGGUUUCUCAAUGCCUGCACCAUAGCAAUAAUAGUAAAGGAAAUAUACUCAGCAAAAUUCUUUGACGAAUUCUCAACAGUUCAACAAAAAUUAAAUCUAAUAGUAGCCUCAGCCUUACCAGCCAUAAUCCUAAAAAAAGCCUAUUUAGAAGUAUGAAUAUUUCGCUUUAAAUGAUGCGGUUCCAUCAUAUGAGGAAUUAGAAACACAGUAUUAGAAUGACUCUGAUAAAUUGUGCAAUGAUCAUGAGAGAUUAAUUGAGUAGAUUCUUGAAGAGGAAGAGGAAAUGAUAAAUGGUCAUAGAAAACACAUCGAUGAUUUAGUAGACCUUGUAAAGACUGAAAUGUCUCUGUUAAAUGAUGUUGAUAAGCCAGGAAGUGACGUUGAGGAUUAUGUGAACAAUCUUGACAAGCUACUUCUCUCAAAGAUAGACAUGAUUCAUAAGAUUAGACAGAACUUGAUUGAUUUCCACACCCAUUUAAAGACUGAAGAAUCGAUGUCCAAACUCUAUCAAUAAUAACAAAAUCUCAACGGCUAUGAUAUGAAUGACGUGAAUGAGAUGCAUGAAAAUGGAGAUCUUAUAGAUGAAGAUGAAGGACUAAUUGAAAAUGAAGAUAUGUUGAUAAACAUGGAUACUAACGGGCAAAUGGAUGACUAAAAUUAUGUUUAUAAUGAUGGUGAUGACUAUUACUGA